AUGAGUGCUGAAAUUAUCAAAACAAUGUUAGAUGAAGUUGAAGAGAAAAUGGUUCAACAUUUUCAUGAAAUUUAUCAAAGAGGUGCUGAGAUAUCUAAAGAGUCACCAUCGUGGUUUAUGGCAAUAUCACAUGCCAUGAAACCAACUGUAAAAAAUAUUACCAAUAUUGCACUGAUUAUGGAAGAAGCCACAAGAUAUAUGGCCGAUCAGUAUAACUUAUCACGACAUCAAAUCCUUUUUGAUUUGGCCACAAUGAACAUAAGUCAAACAAGUAUUGGAAGACAUUGCCCAUUGAUCAAGAGUAAGCCGUGCCAGCCAAAAAAAUAUAGAUCUUAUUCUGGAUAUUGUAAUAAUGUCCUUCAACCUUAUUGGGGAAUGGCAAAUACAGCUUACCAUCGUCUUUUACCCCCAGACUACGAGGAUGCCAUAAGUAUUCCACGUGGAGGUGGAGUAACCGAUCCGCAAUUAUUGCCUAGUCCACGAGAAGUUUCGCUUGGUAUACAUUUAACUAAAUUUCCUAGCCGCCAUAAACAUUUAAUGGUGAUCAGUGUUAUUUGGGGUGAAUUUAUUUCUCAUGACAUUUUCCAUACUCCCCAAAUGAGUGGCAUGCAAAUAGAACGCUUAAAAUGUUGCGGUGUUAAUGAAAAUGAGUUUCAUCCGGAAUGUUUUCCCAUACGUAUACCGAAAAAUGAUCCAGUUUACGGUAAAAGUACGGACGAGCAAUGUCAAGAAUAUGUACGAUCAGCUGUAGCACCACGUGUGGAUUGUGCGAUGGGUUCCAGAGAACAAAUCAAUCAAGCUACUCCAUUUAUUGAUGGGUCAAUGAUUUAUGGGACAUCUUUAGAGGAAGCAGAACAUUUACGGUUGUUUCAAAAUGGUCUAUUACGAAUGGAUAAUGAAUUUAGCGGUUCUAUUAUGUCGAUAUUUAAUGACAGUAAUUUUUGUCGUUCAUCCGAAAAUUUGGGUGGAUGUUUUCGAGCUGGUGAUAUUCGAGCAAAUGAGCAUGUUGGAAUCGCAGUUAUGUACACAUUAUGGUUUCGAGAACAUAAUCGAAUUGCCGCAAUUUUAUCAAAUAUAAAUCCACAUUGGACUGAUGAAACUUUAUUUCAAGAGACUCGAAAAAUAAUCAUUGCUGCCUUGCAACAUAUCACAUACAACGAAUUUUUACCCCUUAUUUUAGGUGAGGAAUACAUGAAAAAUUAUGAUUUGUUAUUGGAAAAUUCAGAUUAUUCCAUGAAAUAUGAUGUUAAUAUGAAUCCUGCAAUGAGUAAUACGGUUGCCACUGCGGUUUUGCCUUUUUUAAUGUCCUUAUUACCAAAUGUUUUGUCGGUAAUUAACCAAUCAGGGGAAAAAGUUGGAGAACAAUCUUUGCUAGCGUCAUUUUAUGCACCAUUUCCGUUAUUUGAAUAUGGUGGAAUGGAUCGUGUUUUGCAAGGAUUAAUACAUGAUUCAGCAAUGAAUGCUGAUCCAUAUAUUGAGGACGUUUUGAUUAAUUCAUUAUUUAAAAAUCGAAAUUAUGAAGGUAAGAUUUUACAAACUUUGAAAAUAACUGCAAUUCAUCUUUUGCAAGGGAAUGGUUUGGAUAUUGCUGCUCAAAUAAUCCAAAAGGGUCGAGAUCAUGGCAUACCUUCAUACACUGAAUGGAGAAAAUAUUGCCAUCAACCAGAUGUGAAAACAUUUAAUGAUUUAGGGAAUUAUUUACCAAAAAGUAUUGUUAAAAUUUUCCAAAAACUAUACAAAGGUGUUUCUGAUAUUGAUUUAUUUCCUGCUGCAUUAUCUGAAGAACCAAUUUCUGGAGGCAUAUUAGGGCCAACAUUUGCAUGUUUAUUGAGUGGUCAAUUUCAACGAUUAAAAUUGGGUGAUCGUCAUUGGUACGAAAAUAAUUUACCACCAUCAUCAUUUAAUUUGGAUCAGUUGAAUGAAAUACGGAAGUAUACUUUAACGAAAGUCAUUUGUCUGAAUAGUAAUUUUAUUCAUCGGUUGCAAUCGAAAACUUUCAUUGGCAAAGAUAAUUAUUUAAAUAACAUGCUUCAUUGUUCAGAUCAUUUAUCAAACGACAUUGAUUUUACAAAAUGGGAAGAACAAGAACCCGAAUUAAAUAUUGAUCGAUAUUUAUUAAAUGAAGCCAUUAAAGCAGCGAAAGAAGAUAUUGAUAAAAUUUUUGAUAUGGAAUUAAAAUCAUUUCAAUCUGCAGCUGAUCCACGAUCACCGAUUGGAGCGGCUUAUAGUUUUAAUCGUCCUAAAAGUCAAUCACAAGUGAUUGCAAAUUCAUCAUUACAGCAAGAUCAAGAGACAAAUAAUCCCAAAAAAAGACUUGACGAAAUAAAAAAAUUAAUCGCUUUAUUGCCAAAUAUAAACACAGCUGAAAUGGCAAUAAUUGGAUCUACAGAAAAUUCUGUAUGCGAUGAUAUUGAAGGACCUUGUGAUCAUACUAGCAAAUAUCGAAUGAUCACUGGUCGAUGUAAUAACUUAAAAUACCCACAACGAGGACAAGCUUUAAAACCGUUCUUAAGAUUACUAGCUCCGGUUUACGAUGACGGAAUUGGAAGUCCUAGGCAAACAUCUGUUAAUGGAUACCCUCUCCCAAGUGCUCGCCUGAUAUCUUCGACCUUACAUUCAGAUCGAGUAAAUUCGCAUUCAAGAUACUCUUUAAUGUUAAUGCAGUUCGCUCAAAUAUUAGAUCACGAUUUAACGCAUACACCAGUAAACAGGGGUCAUUUGGGCCGUGGAAUUAUAGAUUGUUCUCCUUGUAAUUCUGCCACAACUGUUCAUCCUGAUUGUAUACCAAUCACAAUUGCAAGUAACGAUACAUUUUUUCCAAAUUCGGAAAAUGGUCGAGAGAAAUGUAUUCCAGUUACACGAUCAUUACCCGGACGAUUAACUUUGGGAUAUCGAGAGCAAAUGAGUCAAGUAACCGCAUACAUUGAUGCAUCGUUUGUUUAUGGAUCUGAUCGAUGUGAAGCCGAAAUACUACGAACAUUUUCGUCCGGAUUCUUAAAUUCAACUCGAAAGUACAAUGGGAAAGAUUUGUUACCUGAGAUCGAUACACAUCCAGAAUGUCGUUCGAGAAAUGGAAUUUGUUUUCGUGCGGGGGAUGCAAGAGCAAGUGAACAGCCAAGUUUGACAUCGUUUCAUACGAUAUUUUUACGUGAACAUAAUCGUAUAGCUGAAACUUUAGCGAAAAUUAAUUCGCAUUGGUCUGAUGAACAGUUGUAUCAGGAAACUCGUCGAAUUUUAUCUGCUAUGGUGCAACAUAUUACAUUUUCAGAGUUUUUGCCACGUGUACUCGGAUGGAAUUUUAUUAAUAAGCAUAAUCUUAAUUUGGAAAAUAUCCAGUAUUUCAAAGGGUACGAUCCUGAAUGUGACGCAACGAUUGUAAAUGAAUUUGCGGCUGCAGCAUAUCGAUUUGGUCAUACAUUACUAAAACCAGUAUUUAUGCGAGUGGAUCGAAAAUAUGAAAGAAUAGAUCCACCAAUACGAUUACGGCAUCAUUUUUUUAAUCCCGAAAUUGUUAAUCAAGAUGGUAUUAUUGAUGAAAUUCUUCGUGGUUUAGUUGUAUCACCAAUGGAAAAAUUUGAUCGUUUUGUUACAAGUGAAGUGACAAAUCAUUUAUUUGAAGAUUCAAAACCGUUUUCUGGUAUGGAUUUAGCUGCAAUUAAUAUUCAGCGAGCUAGAGAUCAUGGUAUACCCGGCUACAAUCAAUAUCGACUGUUAUGUAAUCUAACAAAAGCGACAACAUUCGAUGAAUUAAUCGAUACAAUUAAACCACAUUUAAUUGAGAAAUUAAAAAAAGUUUAUCGACACGUGGACGAUAUUGAUUUAUUUUCUGGUGGAUUAUUGGAAACAUCUUUAAAUGGUGGUAUUGUUGGUCCAACAUUUGCAUGUAUCAUUGGUAAUCAAUUUCAACGAUUACGGAAAUGUGAUCGAUUUUGGUAUGAGAAUAUUGAUCCAUUUAUACGUUUUACGAAAUACCAAUUAAAUGAAAUACGUAAAAUGACUUUAGCAAGAAUAUUAUGCAAUAACUUGGAUCAAGUGGAUCAAAUACAGAGGCAUGUUUUGGAUUUACCAGAUCAAUUUUUAAAUCCAAUGAUGUCAUGUAAUUCAAUUCCUAAAAUGGAUUUAAUUCAUUGGAAAGAUCGUCAAUCAUGCACAUUUGAUAACUCAAUUGAAAUGAGUAUCGGAACAAUUAAAAAUGUAUCACCGUGUACAAGAUGUGCUUGUACUAAGGAAGGAAUGUUAUGUAACUCGCAACGUAUCCAUAAUUGUUACAAAUUAAAUGAAAAAUAUAAUUGGACAACAAUUAUGAAUGAUUCAAUAUGUAAAAUUCAAUGUGGAUUUUUAAAUCAAUUUUAUUGA